GGACACUGGAGGGCUCUAAGCGCUCCAGCCACCCCAUCGUUCAGCCACCGCAAUGUUCUUUAGUGUACAAGAAUAGAACAAGAAUCGGUGAUAAAGAAACAAAGAAUAAGGCCACAUCAGAACCAUUCCCUGUAGCAUAUUUUGCAGAACUGUUGUAGAGAAAGAUACAGAUUUAAAUCAACAUGCGUUUCACCACCUGGCUCCUGGCUGGCAUGCUGACCAUAGGCACAUCCACACUGUGCUCUGCAGGCCCUUUCCACGCACAGUGCAAAGUGGAAUGGUACUUUGGACUUCCCUGCAGAAACGUGUAUGAGGCCUUGGUCACUCAGAUUAAGAAGUGGAGGACAAUGUCAAGUUGCAUCAUGGGGGGAGAAAAGUGUCUAUACAAGCUCCAAUCAGCCUCCCUGCACUUCAUUUCAGCAAAGCACACCACGCCAGUAAAGAAAUAUGUGGAUGAUAUCACCUUUCGACUGGUCUCUUAUGGAUUUUUCACUCAUUGCCAUGUAUCAGCAAUGUCAGUCUCAGAAACAUGGUAUGCUGUUAGAGACCAUGGCACCAAUUACUGCAACCUCUACAACUUAAUAGAAGGGAGUGGACUGACUGAGGCUCCAGAAUAUAAGGAAAUCACCAGUGACUUUAUGUGCACCCAGCGGUCCUCUGCCAACUGUACUGUGUACUGAGACAGAUGUCAGCUUCAUGUUAUCCUCACAGCAGUAUUACAGAUAUUACUAUCAUAAUUUAGGCAUUACUAUCAAACUCAAUCUUUUAGAAUAUAUUAGGUAAAAUUAGUUAAUUUUGGUUAAAUACUUUUUUUUUUUACUUCAGUAUUACUUGCAGGAAAUCAUAUUUACCGAAUUGUAGCCACUUAAUUACUUCACCCUUUAAACAUACUGGUUGAAACUGAAGCCAAUUUGAUCUGCAACAGCACAUGAUGAGAUCACUGAAAACCUCGUGAGCAAACUAGUAUGACUGGCCUGAAAUAUAGAUCAGAAACACAUUAUCCUUUUAGGACACGAAAAUUGAUAUGGAGGAUCAUCAUGAAAUUUACAUACAAUAUAAAGGACAACAGGCAUUUUCAAAUUGUGUCAAAAACUGAAAAAUGACAAAAAUGGAGAUACAAGGUUUUGUCCAGACAGCAGCAAUAUAUGUUUUGUUUUUUUUUUCAAGAAAAUUCUUCAGUGGUGUGUAAUACAUUUUUACAAUGAAACCCUUCAUAUGUUUAAAGAAAAAAAGAAAUAGAAAUAUUUCUAUAGAGAUUUUAUACAGUAUAUUUCAAGCAUUUUCAAAUCUAUCUUUUUAUCUUUUCCUCCUUCUUUUCUAUUCUUUUUGGUGAGUCCAAAAUUUAAUACAAGGGCAAACAUUAUAUUUUAUCUGCUGUCCUUAGCACAAAGGAAACUUUUGUAGGGCAAAAAUAGCUCGUAGAACUGGUGAGGUGGGGCGUUGUCUUCAGAGAGACAUUGUUCUUUUUUGACACAUGGAGCAGUUUUUCUCUUAAAGACAGUGGUGUUGUGCAGAUCUACUCCCAGCCAUGUGGAUUGGAGGGCAGCUUUUAUUAGGACAGCAAUAUGCUCACCCUGGC